UCUAACGGCCAUAUUAUUGACUUGUCGUUAUUCCUUCGUAUUCAACGGUUUAGUUAUUCUGGGCAAUUCUGAGCGACGGCGGAAUAACUUUUUUGUCAAUUAUUCACUAUGGAAUAGCGGCGAAUAACUUUCCGGCAGAGGAAUAAAUAUUUAUUCCAAUAGAUUUUCCGAAGAGAGGAAUUGACAUUCGGAGUGUCAAAAUAUUAUAAAAUUUUUGAAUAAAUUGCUUAAUUAUUUUUGUGUUGUGGUUUUGUUAACAAUUUUAAUUUGCGAUUUUGUGUGCUAUGAACGAAAAUAAAGAAAAAGACAAGAAAAAGUCGCGAGUUCCUCGAGCACGGAGAUCUGCGAAUUGGUCGGCGGAGGAGACGUUGCGCUUUGUGCGCGCACUUGUUGAUGUCGGUCGCGAUGGCAUUUUAAAUCAGGCGACAAACGGUUGCACGCCGGAGCAACGGGCCCAGGAGUAUCGGAAAAUCGCGAAUAUAUUGAACGCCGAGCGCGCUUCUACGGGAAUUGUUCGCGAACCACUACAUCUGCAGAAUCGGUUCAAGCAAAUAAAGCAGUAUUUGCAGACAUAUUCGACAUGGCAGCGGCAAGUUUCAAUGGGAACUGGUGGCGGACUUGCGAAACCCAUGCCAGUGUCUUUAACCGUUCCUCUCACUGGAACCAUGCUAGAAUUGCUUGCGAUUCUGCGUGAUCGCUUCUGUGGCCUCCAUUCCGAAUUUGACAGCGAUAUGGUAAUUUAUGGAAGUUCGGCAAACAGCAAAGAGCACUCACUGCUGAAUACGGAAGCAUUGCCCGAAACACAAAUGCCGGAUGAUACACAUACCCCAUUGUAUGUUCAAAACAAAGAUGUAUUGGGUGUUCAAAACACGACGUUAGAGGAGGUCCAAAUUGUGAAUAUCACAGCGAAGCCGUCAUCGACCAUAUUGACUCCCAGCUGUAACUUCUCCAGUCCUUUAAUCGUCUCCACCAGCUCGCCGUUGCCCAAGGAAGCAUCGGCAGUAGAACCGCGACAAUAUUUUGCAACAGUUGCACAACAGCGACAAGCACGGAAACGCAGAUUCCGUGACCCAAAUAAUGCCGAAAAUGAAAUGCGCCAGCAGCUUAUAAAUCUUGAAUUAACGCAGUCACGCGAACUCCACGCAACAAACAUGCGCCAUGCCAUCGAGUUACAUACUGCUAAUAUGGAAGCGGUUAUGCUACAAAUAACUGCUCAGAAGAGCGUCACAACCUAUACUUAA